AGUAAAUUGUAUUUUUAUUAAAUAUAUUUAUGCCUACCUGCCAAAAUAAACAAAUAAAAACGAGGAGGGAAUUUAAGGCAUCGCUACUUGUCAGUGAAAACAUUCAGGCCGAAGUGCGGUAAAUUUUGAUGAUUUUGUCCUAAAAGGGUUUCCUCAAACAGAUGAGAUGUUGGAAUAAGUGACUUUAGGCUUUUGUGAUGAGAGUAAACUAACCUACUCGCAAAAGCAGGGAGUUCAUAUUCUUCUAAUCUAAUCAGAGGUUUUCAACAAAAACAUUUACAAACCAAGGACUUAAAUAAAAAUAAAAUUAUUAAAUCCUGCCAUCGGGUCUGGUCAAAAGAACACAAAAUGGAGAGCUGGUCUCCCCUUGCCCUUUCAUCCGGUUGGCAACGUGAGGAGCGAUGUUUUCACAGGGUUUACAUGAGACCUCUUGUCCCUGGGCAGUGCUGCGGUCUAACCCUCCCUAAGGGAGCAGGAACAAAAUGGUCACAUACAGAAAGCAGCAGAUCAAAGUAUAUCUCUCUUCCCCUUCCCUUUUGGAAAUCUUAAUUCAACAGUGUCUAGUGUAGUCUUGACAUAAAUGUUGGUCCUCGUCUUCAAAUCUGAAGUCCAGCGGGGGCAGAUACUGGUCGAAACUGACGAGGUUCGUGCUCUGCAAGGCUGGGCCCGCCCACACACCGAAGAGGUCCCCAUUCAGAGACCCGCAUCUUUCUUUCACGAGAGUACUCCCCCGGAUUCUCACCCGGAGCCCCUCAACCCUUCCGCCGGCGACCCAGCGUCUGCUUCGCAGCAGCCGGACCCUCGCCCGGAGCCCACUCAGCCUUAGCCAAAGGCGGCGCGUUCGGAUCCUGCGGCUCACUGGGGACAGAGAGGCAGACGCAAGGCCGGGAGAAACCUGGGCGCUCGGUCUUGGGUCAGACUCUGAGGCGCCUCAAUCUCAAGAGGCGGUUUGUCUUUCACCUCAUUCAAUAGGCCCAGGUUUUCCCUGAGGGCGUAAUCGCGUGGGCUGAUCACGGCGCUUCGCCACUCAUUUCCCCGCGCUCCCAUCCAACUGGCUCCCCACCCCCGGACCCGCUGCUAUCCUCAGUCACCUUGUCCCCGCGGGCCGCUCCUCCCGCUCCACGAGGAGCACCUCUACAGCACCUCCCGCACACCUCGCCACCCAGCACGCGCCAGGACCCCGCCAUUCUGCUCGCCACACAGACAUGCAGUAACGCCCCAGCAUCUGCUGCAAAAGUCCUUCCCCACAGCGGAGGAGAUUUCCAGCCCCACGCGCCCGGAGUCGCCCACGCCUGGCGCGGUCGCCGUGCCCCCAGCCGCAAUCCCGCCCGCCCGCCUCCGCGUUGGCGGGUCUGUCUCCAGCAGUCAGAGAAGGUCGGCUGAGCCCCCACGUGUGACCAACGAGCUCUCGUUACACCGGGGUAAGGCCUCGGCCCCACGCUCUAGGGCGGCCAACAGCUGCAUUAAUUCUCCAGCGGGGGCGUUCUUUUCUUCCUCUCCUGCCGGCAGCGGUCGGAUCGUCUGCAGCAGCGACUACUAUGGACUCUUCCUCUCCACUGUGAUCCCCUACCCCGCCGCACGCCACGGCGACAGCUUCCAGCGGCCUGCCUUUUGGUCUCUCCCUUAGGAAGAGAAGAACUGAGGAGGGGACACGCUUCCCUGGGGAGGGGGGGGGUCUGCCCGGCCCCACCUCCGUAGCCCACCGCUCUCCCUGGCGGCCCGCAGCCCUUCCAAACCGGUUCCUCCGGGUGAAGCGUGCCUGCCCUGGGCUAAUUUUCCGCGAGAUGAUGUCCCCGCGGACCUGUCUUUCCCCACUGUCCCUUCAACCUCUCCGCAGCCCCGCCAGCUGUCCGCAACGUGAAGCGCGUGGCGGGACCCGAGGCUGGGACCUCCGCACCCAGGAUUUUACUCGGACUCCAGCACGUGAUGGAGCGGGGGGUGGAGGCCAGAGUACAGCCUGGGGGAGUCUCGGUGGCACCGGAGAGGGUCGUCUGGGGGCCCACGGCUACUUUCGCGGAGGAUGAGCCCGGCGGCCUGGGUCGGCUGACCCCGGCUGGCGGCCCGCGCGUCAUCCCCCCUCCCACAGCCUCAGCCCCGGCGCGCGGACUCACACCCCUUCUUAGGGAAGCAAAUGGUCCCUUCCAGGCGGGUGGCCAUGUUGCUCUAAUAAAGCGGGAGGGGCGGCGGCGUGGGGGGAGCAGAUGCCGCUGCCUGCGAGCGGGAGCCGGGUCCUAGCAGAGCGCAGCCGCGAGGGAGGCGCGGGGGAGGCGAGCCGGAGCCGGAGCCGGAGCGACAGCCAGUGUUGGCGGAGAGCACCCAGGCGCAGCCGGAGUCGGAGCCGCAGCCGCGAUGGCCGUGGCCGUGGGGAGACCGUCUAAUGAAGAGCUUCGGAACUUGUCCCUUUCUGGACAUGUUGGAUUUGACAGUCUCCCGGACCAGCUGGUCAAUAAGUCUACUUCUCAAGGAUUCUGUUUCAACAUCCUGUGUGUUGGUGAGACGGGCAUUGGCAAAUCCACGUUAAUGGACACUUUAUUCAACACCAAAUUUGAAAGUGACCCAGCUACUCACAAUGAACCAGGUGUCCGGUUAAAAGCCAGAAGUUACGAGCUUCAGGAAAGUAACGUACGGCUGAAGUUAACCAUUGUUGACACCGUGGGAUUUGGAGACCAGAUAAAUAAAGAUGACAGCUAUAAGCCAAUAGUGGAAUAUAUUGAUGCCCAGUUUGAGGCCUACCUGCAAGAGGAAUUGAAGAUCAAACGUUCUCUCUUCAACUACCACGACACCAGGAUCCACGCAUGCCUCUACUUCAUUGCCCCCACCGGCCACUCCCUGAAGUCUCUGGAUCUAGUCACCAUGAAAAAGCUGGACAGCAAGGUGAACAUCAUUCCAAUAAUUGCAAAAGCUGACACCAUUGCCAAAAAUGAACUGCACAAAUUCAAGAGUAAGAUCAUGAGUGAACUGGUCAGCAAUGGAGUCCAGAUAUAUCAGUUCCCCACAGAUGAAGAAACGGUGGCGGAGAUUAAUGCAACAAUGAGCGUCCAUCUCCCAUUUGCAGUGGUCGGCAGCACCGAAGAAGUGAAGAUCGGCAACAAGAUGGCCAAGGCCAGGCAGUACCCCUGGGGUGUGGUGCAGGUUGAGAAUGAAAACCAUUGUGAUUUCGUGAAACUUCGGGAGAUGCUGAUCCGUGUGAACAUGGAAGAUUUGCGAGAGCAGACUCACACCCGCCAUUAUGAAUUGUAUCGGCGCUGUAAGCUCGAGGAGAUGGGUUUCAAGGACACUGACCCUGACAGCAAGCCUUUCAGUCUUCAGGAGACUUACGAAGCGAAAAGAAAUGAAUUUCUGGGAGAACUUCAGAAGAAAGAAGAAGAAAUGAGGCAAAUGUUUGUGAUGAGAGUGAAGGAGAAAGAAGCUGAACUUAAAGAGGCAGAGAAAGAGCUCCAUGAGAAGUUUGACCUCCUGAAGCGGACACACCAAGAAGAGAAGAAGAAAGUGGAAGACAAGAAGAAGGAGCUGGAGGAGGAAGUGAACAGUUUCCAGAAGAAGAAAGCAGCCGCUCAGCUACUACAGUCCCAGGCACAGCAGUCUGGGGCCCAGCAAACCAAGAAAGACAAGGAUAAGAAAAAUGCAAGCUUCACAUAAAGCCUGGCAAGCCAAGGAUGGUCCCGCAUUCACCUGCUUUUGCAGUAAUAUUGUAUCUCUGCCAUCUGUGUCCUUUUGUUUUAUUUUAUUUUAUUUUUUUUUUACCCUUCCCCAGACACCAAUAACUAUUAACUCAUUUUGCUGACUGUUGUUGGGUAGUGGAAAAUGAUAGAGCAAGAGAGUAACACCAAAAGCUAUGUGCAGCUGGACUUUGUUUCUGGAAAGCAGAUGAUUGGCCUUUUAUGCCUGUUCGGAGUGGCAGCAGGAAGCAGGCCUGUGGCUUGUAUGUUGCUUUGGACCAAGGGAUGGAGGGUCAAUGGCUCCAUGUCCGUCUGUUGGGAGAACUCACCGCUUCAGCCGCUGAACUAUAACCCCGAAUACCCAGGACAACAGUUUGUUUUUCUUGAUUUCUCAUCUCCAUGGGGGCAGAAGCCCUGAACUCCCUCUGCCUCUUCUCCAUACCUGCCCCAAACCAAGGUAGCUUCCUACGUAGGCAGAAUGGUGGGUCAGCUUUUUAGGACUUUUGCAUUUGUGUGGAUUUUUCAUUAUUAUAAUAACAUUAUUUGACCUGUGUUGUGGUUCUCCUCAGACCGUACCCUCUUAUGGCUUUAAAAAUGUGUCUGAACCCCCCUCUCUCCAGUCCUGGCCAAGUUGGACCGUAAUGAGAAAGCUGAUUAUGUUCGCUUCUAUCAGCACAACCUUGACGCUGUCCUAGUCAGCGAUCUUGAACGUCAGGGCAUGUAACAUGGCCUCAUAGAAGCAUCCUCUACUAAAGAUGGCAGGCUUUCCACAGCCUCCCUACUGCUUACAAUAAGCAUUCUUUCAUACUCUCCAUGGGCAAUGGCCGAUUCUAGGACAUCAGUACUUCUAAUGAUGCUUUUCAGUAAUCAUGAGAAAAUUUGUUAUCAACUGUAUAUCAUCUGCAGCCCCAAUUCUGAGAGGGGACCUCAUCAGUUUCCGGUAGGAAUGGGGAGGAAGGUAACACAAACCCACGAGUGGAGAAGGUAGAAGUUCAGCUGACAUCCAGCUUCCUUGCAUAGUCUCCUUCUCAUAUAUGGCAGGAAAGGGAAGAAGAAAUAGAACAGCUAGUCUUUCAAAUCCAGUUGUCUUGAAGGAAUCUUCUCACCUUUUUCCUCACCCCAACUAGCGCUACGAGCCCAUCGCCCCAUCAGCAAGGAUUAGGGCCGACCCAUAUGCCAUGACCCGCACUCCAUACCACAUUUGUGUGGGAGGGGGCGUAUUUAAUCCCUUUUCUGUACUGUUCCUUUGUGAGGCUUACCCUUUCAUCUUCUUGAUUUUUCUCCCCUCUACUAACAAGAGCCUCCCACCUUCUAACUCUGUAGUCUCCUGUUUCUUACUUGAAAGAAUAAUAUUUCUCCUGAACUCCACCUCUCGCUUCCUCCUGGCCUUCACUAGUCAUACAUUAGGUAAAUAGGACAGAGUAUACUAUAUCUCCCUGACCAACACACACGUACCUUUUUUUUUUUUUAAUAAGUCUCUAGUUGAUUCCAAUAAAGUCUUUUUCCCUUCUUUUCAUCCUCAAACCAUACUUUUAGGGGAAACAAGUUAUGGUCUCCCAUGAACUGAUGUAGGCCUAAUUAGGUGAAGUAAAGAUUGUUUCACUGAAGGCCAAACCAGGCUGGGCUAGAACCUGAAGACUGCAAGCCGCAGUGGUGGUAUAAAGACAGGCUUAGGAGCUACUGGACUACUGUUUUUGUUUUGUUUUGUUUUUUAAUGAUUCUAGUCCAAAGCUAGCUGUGGAGCAGCCAAAUACUAGACGGCAUGCCGAUUCUAACCGUGGCUGAAUUUGCUCAUACGCUGUGCGCCAGACAAAAGCUUGAAUACUCGUGUUGUAUGCUUGUUCCAACUGCUGCUUGUGUAAGCAUUUUUGUGCCUUGUAACAGAAAAUAUACUUGUAAGUUCAAAAAACGGUCACCUUAAAAUUAUCAUUUUUAAUGCAUCACUAAAGCCUUUUUGACAGUGAGCCUAGCUGCAAAAGGCAUCCAGCUGACUUUUUGAUUCCAAGAUUGUUGAUUGAUUGAUUUUUUUCUCCCCCAUGAAAAUUUUCACAACAAAAUAAACCAUAUGGAGAGUCAGGGAAUAAAAAAUCAAAAGAAAGUUCUAGAAGCUCUUUUUUUUUUUAACAUGUUGCUUCUGAACUCUUUUUCUACCCCCCACUCCCUGGCCCUGUUUGGUUUGUUGUUGCUGCCCUUCUCUUCUUUCUGUAUCUGUGCCUUUUUUCACAGUAGUCCUUGGCUCUGCACCGAAUAAAUGAUACCCUCAAAUCUAAUUGGAUGUGCUUUCGCCUUUGCAUGUAAGUACAGUAGUAAGAAAACUUUGAGAUCUUUCUGACUUUUUAAAAUUAGAGAAACAAAUGGGAUAGAUGGGUUCCCCCCCCCCACCCUUUUUUGGAGGGAGGUAGGGAGGUAUUGGUUUGAGUAGCCUUUGUUUAUUAAGAAAUAAAGAAAACACUAAAUAUAUUUAAAAUGGCCACAUUUGUACCUUUCCCACAAUAAAUACAAAUUCAGCUUUUCCUUGAUACCAGUAUGGGAGUCAGAAAUUGUUGUUCCCAGGCUGCAUUCCACACAGCCUUGUGGGCAUCACUGGAUAUUACAGAGGGUCCUUGGUUCUGACUAUGGAGUAAAGCUAGACUAAGACACUACCACCUUCCUUUGGAGAAAACCAAGAGGGAAAUAUUUUUUAUGUUAGGUUGCCUUUAUGACUGCUUAAUUUUUUGCUGAUCUUGGUUUAAUUGUCUUUCCCUCCUGCUAACUGCUGGCAGUGAACACACCUUUUUUUUUUUUUUUUUUUUUUUGCCAGACAGUUCUAGCUGGCCUCUCCCCGUAUCUUCUGUUCAACCAUAAUGACCAUUGCUUCUGGAUUUUAGGUCCCUAUAAUGUUUGUAUGUACAGUAGGAUGACGGAAAAGCAUUUACGAGAAUUUACUGGCAGUUAGAGACUUAUGUUUUCCCAGCUUAGGCUCCUUAUUAAUUGGUCAAAGUUUUGUCCAGAAAGGGCAUCUCAACCAGGGGAACAUUUAAUGUCACAUUGGGCACAGGUUACUUAUUAUCUUCCUUCUCUGCUUUGUAAUCUCACCAGCAAUUACACUUAUUCUUCAUAUCUUGUGCACCUCAAACGAACGGACUGGGUUUCUUCACUUUCUUGACAUUACCCCUAAGUGUUUCACAUCCAGACUGUUGAAUCUGGGUUUCAGCUGUUAACCAACCCAUGUCAUACUGUGUGUGUGUGGUCCUUCCAAACCGUCCUUUCAGAUCCCUCUGCUUUGCCAUCUGCAAGUGUCUGAAAUUGUCAAUUCUCAGCUUCCAGAAGUCUUGGUUCCACUGACAGGAUACAUAUGUGAUGACUCUUUAGUGGAAAUUAUGACCUACAAAGUCUAGAUUGUAUGUAGGUAUGAAGGGAAUUUUUUAAAUAAAUGAAAAGCUGUGAACAGCAUUAGAACUUUGUCUAUUUCUUAAUUUUAAAAUAUGCUGAUAUGCCUUAAACUGUAGUUGUAGAUCAUUGUCAUUUUGCUGUUUGAAAAUAACCAAUGUGUUUCUAAAAGUGUUGUGUAAUCUACUCUUGGUGUUAAUGCAGAAUUGUCAUAUAUGUAAGCUGCAUGUUAGACACUUGUCUUUUUUAAAAACUAAAAUAAUUGUAUUGAUAUGAAGUCUAUCAUUUUUUUCAAGUGAGGAAGUAAUCACGUAGCCACCUUGCUCAGUAAUUUGGUGUCUGUUAAGGUAGGAGAGCGGUGGACAGGUAAUCUAUGCAUAUAUCACUAGUGCCAAGACACAAUGUGGGGGAAAAUAUAUUUUUACCCAAACAAUGUGUGCCCUCUUGUGAGUUCUUUUUAGUCACUGUUUGGUAUGCAUAUGUACAUGUGAUUCUUGUAUUGGAUAAAAGAAAUAGGAAUG